AUGAAGCUGGAAUCCACCUGUGAUAGCACCUCAGAGGUCCCUAAAUUGGAAAAGGAGGCUUCUCCAGGUGUGGCGCCCACCUUCAAACCCAGCUACAGGAGACUUGGGCCAAUUCCAGUUCCAGAUCAGCACCUCUGGGGGCUCAGGCAGGACCUGAGACUAAGGUUAAACAAGUCCUUGGGGGCCAACCCUAGGUUCAGUUGGGGACCUGGGGCAGAGAUCGAACUGUUCGACUUUGUGGUUGCCACUGAGUUUAUUGCGGCGGAGUUGGUGAACUUGAUCCACGCUGGAAGACUGCUGGUGGAAGGGCUGCGCGUGGCGCCCCGGGAGCGCGCCAAGGGCGUGGCUGGGCUGCUGCAGCGCUUCUCAAAGCUGGAACGACAACACCUGGGGGUCAAGAAGGCAUGGCUCACCCGAGACAACCAGCUGGGCUCCUGGUAGCUGAAGAAAUACUGUUUAAUCACUAAGCAGGCAGUGUCUGUGUCAGGCGGAGAUGUGACACGCCGCCUGUUGUGGCACUCCGUGCAACGCAACGUGCUCAUCAUCCGGGACUGACAACAACCUGCGCCUCUACUGUCUGCUUAGGGCCUAGAGUGGCAUGUGCGACAGGCGCGCGUCCUCGCGUGCUCACGCUGCGCACGCGCUUCUUCUCCAUUCUGCUACAGCACCUGGCGCCACCUCAACGUCCACGCGUUCUGCAGCGGCGGCGCUCAUGUGCAGAGCCAGCUGCUGUGGCACCUGCAGCGUGGCCUCAACGUAAUGUGCCAGCUCUUCCUGGCGCCCCAGCUUCGGUUCUGUCAGGCUGGCCAGUAUCUGCUGGAGGCCAACAUCUGA